AUGUCUCUGUCUGUCCUCACAGACGUCCAGAUCAGGGCCCUUCUGGAGAACCUGACCGCGGAUGAACUCGAGGGCUUUCGCAACUCGCUGAAGUCGGCGCUUCAUGAGUAUUCGACGGGCACACAGUCGAUCGAGGAUGGAUAUAUUCACCAACCGCAUCGCACAACUAUCUCCUCUGCAAAGACGGGGACGACCACUCUAUUCAUGCCGUCAUGUAGCACUGUUGGUGUCGGCAUCAAAGUCAUAACACUCAGCCCUCCCCAAAGCAAGGACGCAAAAGACACAAAACCAAAUGUCCGGCCCACAGGCGCCAUCACCCUCUUCUCAGAGACCGGCGCCCCGGUGGGGAUCCUGCACGCGAGCACGCUGACGGCCUUCCGGACGGCCCUGGCGUCGGCGUGCCUGCUGGUCAAGCGCCAGCGGGUGCACACGCUGACCGUGUUCGGGUGCGGCGAGCAGGCCUUCUGGCACGUCCGGCUGGCGCUGAUGGAGCGCGGCAGCACGAUCAAGCACGUCAACAUCAUCAACCGCCGCUUCAGCGACAACUGCAAGACGAUCCUGCAGCGCUUCUACAGCACGCCCGCGCACAUCAAGGAGCGCGAGGGCUGGAAGGACGCCACCUUCAGCAUCCUGACCCCCGGCUACGGCGAGUACCAGCGCCUCCAGCGCGAGCAGAUCCGCGCCGCGGACGUCAUCUUCUGCUGCACGCCCAGCACGCAGGCCCUGUUCGACGCCAGCGUCCUGACCAACCACGAGGGCCGUAAGAAGGGCCGUCUCAUCGUCGCUGUGGGGAGUUACACGCCCGAGAUGGCCGAGCUCCCCGUCGAGCUUCUCCAGCAGGCUACGAAGACACAUGACGGCGCACAUCGCCACUACCACAAGCAUGCGCCCGAGGGCGGUGUCAUCAUCGUCGACACGCUGGACGGGGCGAUGCACGAGGCAGGAGAGAUCAUCUCUGCGGGGCUCUCGCCGAAACAACUCGUAGAACUCGGCGAGCUCGUCAUGCUGCAUAGAAUCCGACAAGACGAGAGCGAGAUGUCAGACGCCAGCAGCCUCAACAGCAGCAGCAACCUCAGCGCCGACUUCGACAAGCUAGAGGUCAGCUCCAAUCCCUCGUCCAUGUCCACGGUGUUCGGCUCGACGUCCGGGUCCGAGACGCCGGCAUCCCCAAGCAGGACAUCCUCGCCGCACCGGCGGAGCAACAGCGGCUUCUUCCACAGACGGUCGUCCAGCCAGGGCCCGUCGUCGUCCGAGCGCCAGAAGACUAAGGAUGACCAUCUGGCGCGGUGGCUGACGUACGGAAACGUCGUCUACAAGAGCGUCGGGCUCGGGCUCAUGGACCUGACGGUCGGCAUGGACCUCAUCCGCUUCGCAAAGGACAGGGGCAUCGGGAGUCAUAUAGAGGGGUUCUAG